AUGGCGGCUGCAUAUUUAAUAAUAAACGAACGGAGACUGUUACGGAGAGAGAGGUUGUUUAGGGAUAGAAACAAUCCAUUGGACUAUAUGGAUGACCGUGAGAUAAUUUCAAAGUUUAGACUGCCUCGUCAUUUGAUAUUGGACAUCUGUCAAAUGAUACAAAAUGACAUCACAAGGCCUACACGAAGAAUUUGUGGCUUCCCUAAUGUUAUAGGCGCAAUAGAUGGUACACAUGUGGGAAUAAAGUCCCCAUCAUUUGAAGAGCACGUCUUUGUGAAUAGAAAAAAUUACCACUCUAUAAACACUAUGGCUGUGUGUGAUGCAAAACUGAAAUUCAUUAAUAUAGUAGCAAAGUGGCCUGGAUCAUCACAUGAUUCGUUUGUAUGGAACAAUUCCACCCUUUGUCAACUUUUUGAAAACAAAAACAUCCCAAGAGGUUGGCUUUUAGGUGACAGUGGAUAUCCACUUAGAUCAUUUCUACUUACACCUGUUAUGAACCCAACUACACCCAAGGAGAAUGCCUAUAACACAGCACACAUAAAAACGAGAAAUGUAAUUGAAAGGUGUUUCGGAGUGUGGAAAAUGCGCUUUCGCUGCAUGGACACUUCUGGUGGUACUUUACAGUUUUCACCCAAAAGAACCUGCAACAUCAUAGUGGCGACUGCAGUUUUGCACAACAUUUGUGUUGAAAACAGAGUCCCAGAACCACAAGGCAGGCCUGUUAUUAAUGACGGUAAUGACUGUGUAUAUCAUGGAACCCUAAAUGAUGGAAAUGACAAUAGGAGACAGUUGAUUGAAGCUAGAUUUUAG